AUGAAGAUAAGGCCAAGGAAUCCUUUGGCUGGUGCAAACAUUCAACAAGCACUUGAAGACACAACUGCCAGUAUCACCGUGCAAUCGACCAAAUGCCGAUCUUUCAAGCCGUAUGAUCACAAGCCAUAUAAUAUCUGCCGAGCCUGUAGAAACUCCAAAUCACUCGAUUGCCGUUUUUACAACAUUCGUGGGUUUGAUUGCAGCGAUAAAGCAGGGAGGACACCACGCUUUGUCAAUUAUCAUGGACCUGAUACGCUGAGCAAGUAUUUCAAGCAUGGACGAAUACGACAUGUACAAAGGCAGCGCAAAUACUUGCUUUCCAAUAUACGCAAAGGGCUCUACAAACUUCUGCAGGCAGACGUCAAGGAGCGUAAGCAACAUGGAAACAAGGUUCGACGACGUCCUCCAACCGAAGACGACAGGCACAUGUGUGAUUUAUGUUCAACAACUCUAUUUAAUGCCCACUACAUGUGUGCCGUAUGCGGUCUGGAUAUGUGUCCAUGGUGCUAUAAUCAAGAAAAAUGGAGCAUUAAAGCCUCUCGAUGUUCAUACAAACGCUUUCACGACAAGAGCCAGAUGGUUCCCAUGGAGAAGUUGAACAGCGACAUGAUUGACAACAUCUUGGAGCAGUGUGACAUGGAUGUGGAUGAAUUAUUAUCUACCAGAAGCAGCAGCAGCAGCAAUGUCAAAUGUCAAAAUGACCAUGACGCAGCACGUGAUACCACCAUCGACGAUAAGGAGAGCAUACCAAUGAAGCAGGAGAAUGACAAUGGACACAACAUCAUAUCAACAGCCGAUUGUAAGAAUGAUGAUGAUGGCAACGCCAAGAAGGAACCUAAUCAAAGCAGCAUCAACAACAUCAACAUCGUGGAAGCUGUUAUUGACAAAUAUUCAAAGAAUGGAUAUCUUGAUAUUGAUGGGAUCUUGAUCACACUCGACGUCUUUCAGCAAUAUUGGAAACAAGGGAAGCCUAUGCAAGUACGGAACGCCAUGAUGUCCAACAGCCAGCGAUCGUGGUCACCAAGGAGCUUUAUCAAAAAGUAUGGGGAACAGAUUGCAGAGGUGAUUGAUUGCCAUACGGGAGAGCGACAAGACAUGCAAGUGGAGACGUUCUUUCGUGGAUUUGAUGAUCCAAUGAAACGACCCAAUUAUGACCCUGUGACUGGAACAUCGCCCAUGUAUAAAAUCAAGGAUUGGCCACCCAAGGACGACUUUGAAAAGUGCUUUCCGGAUCUUCAUCAUUCAUUUAUGGAGAGCUUGCCGGUCAAAGAGUACAGCACACCUGAAGGCUAUUUCAACAUUUGCAAUCGUGUUCCCAAGAGCCAGCUACCACCUGAUCUUGGUCCCAAGAUGUUUAUCGCCUAUGGAUCCGAAAAGGGAGAUGAUGGAGUGGGUACCACAAACCUGCACUGUGACAUGGCCGAUGCUGUCAACAUCAUGUGUUACGCGUAUGCGACCAAUGAAGAUGCCGGUGCCGUGUGGGAUAUUUAUCCAUAUGAAGCGCUUCCCCAGCUACGAGAAUUUCUUACCAAGAUUGCCGCGGAACGAGAACGACCCAUUGCUGACCCCAUCCAUGACCAAUGGCUGUAUUUGAACAAUGAGCUACGUAACCGUUUCCAACAAGAAUAUGGGAUCUCGAGUUGGCGUAUUUAUCAAAAUGCCGGUGAUGCCGUGUAUAUUCCAGCGGGAUGUGCCCAUCAAGUUGCCAAUUACCAUAGUGCAGUCAAAUGUGCAUACGACUUUGUCAGCCCUGAGAAUAUUGAACGUUGCAUCGAUUUGACCAAUCAAUUCGCUAAAGUACGUCGAGAAGAUGCUCUUCAAGUACGAAAUACCAUCCUGUUCACCUGGCACGAUACUAUGCUAGCUGAUUAG